CUGUGUGCACAAAAAGAAAGCCUUCUGGAUUUGCAAUAGCUAUAGGAGUUAGGAGCGCAGCUUGCUGAGAUCACAAAAGUAUCUCACGAUGGCAAACGAAACACCAGACGCCGGCUCGGAUUCGGCGAUCACCGAUACCAACGUAGUCAACGGAUUGACGACUGCUUCUAAUACUACAGAGCCAACCGACGCACGGGAUGAAGCUAUUGUGGAUGAACCCGUCUCAGCUGCGGCAGAGGAGCUACAUCCAGAGCCUAAAACUACAGCUGGAGAGGAAUUAACUAUAAAAAAGGAUCCAAGUAUCCAUGAUUUACCUAAUUGUGAGCCCCCUAAGCCCACAUCGGUUGAUGUUCCCAUGGCUACAGGCGACGGCGGAGACAAUGACUACAAAAACUUAACCCAAGAAGCAGCUCUGCGUAAGUUAGAAUCGAGUAAGGAUGGUCUUACUACUAAAGAGUAUGAACAAAGACUGCAACAAUAUGGACCAAAUGCAUUGCCCACUGUUGAGAAGAACAAACUAUGGGAGUUUUUCAAGUUCCUAUGGAAUCCUUUAAGUUGGGCUAUGGAGGUUGCUGCCAUACUGUCAAUCAUUUUAUUAGAUUACGUAGACUUCGUUCUUAUCAUUAUCCUCCUGUUACUAAAUGCCGCGAUCGGUUACAAGGAGGAGGCUGCAGCUGGUGAUGCUAUUUCCGCACUUGCAGCGUCACUGGCACCAAAGGCUAAGGUGUACCGAGAUGGAGCUAUAGUCACAAUUGAAGCGAUAAAUCUCGUCCCCGGUGAUGUGAUCCUGGUACGGUUAGGGGAUGUAAUUCCCGCAGAUAUUAAAUUGCUCGGGGAGGAUCACCAAGAGCCAUGUCAGAUUGAUCAGGCAGCACUAACGGGCGAGUCAUUGCCAGUUAAAAGAUUUGUUGGAGAAUGCGCCUAUUCCGGUUCAACUGUGAAGCAGGGUGAAACACGUGGAUUGGUUUACGCAACCGGUGCCAAUUCUUUUUUUGGAAAAGCGGCUGCACUCAUAAAUGGUACCGAGAAUCCUGGGCAUUUGCAGCAGGUCAUGACAACCAUUGGUGCAACUUGCAUUAUAACCAUUAUAUUCUGGGCUGUCAUUGAGCUGGGUGUUCAGUUUGGUCACUACGAUCAUGGGUGUUCUCUCGGGAGCCAAGGCUCGUGUCCUACACUAUCCAAUCUGCUAGUUAUCAUCGUGGGAGGCAUCCCUAUUGCAAUGCCCACGGUGCUGUCCGUCACGCUCGCACUGGGUGCCAGUGCUCUCGCCAAGCAUGGGGCAAUCGUAUCACGCUUAACUGCCAUUGAAGAAAUGGCCGGCAUGGAUAUGUUGUGCUCAGACAAGACUGGAACACUUACUCUCAAUCAACUGAGUGUGGACAAGCCGAACUUGAAAGCUCAAGAGAGCGCAGGAUUCACACAAGGCGAUAUUUGCCUCUAUGGUGCAUUGGGAGCUAAAAUAGAGAACGAAGAACCAAUUGAUCUGUGCUGUCACGAGGCAUACGACGGGAAAGAUACACUUUGGGACAACUACACAUGCAUCAAGUAUGUACCAUUCAACCCGAACGACAAGCGGACAAUCGCGACUAUCAAACCCAAAGACGGCAGUGAAAUAUUUCGCUGCACCAAGGGCGCUCCGCAGGUGAUCUUGAAAAUGGCUCACAACUACGAAGAGAUUAAGAACCAAUUCGAGGACACUAUUCUGGAGUACGCUGGACGUGGUUAUCGGGCUUUGGGAGUCGGCAAAUCAAUGGGCGAAGACAGUGAGAAAUGGGAGUUUGUGGGACUUAUUCCUAUUUUCGACCCCCCUCGUCAUGAUACCAAAGACACGAUCGAGAAGUGCAUUGAAUUGGGUAUUGGAGUCAAGAUGAUUACAGGAGAUCAGCUUCCCAUCGGUAUUGAGACAGCCAGACAACUAGGUAUGGGAACAAACAUGUACACAACCGAGGUACUCAACGAGGGGCAUGGCGAACACAAACUUAUUAAAGGAGCUCUCACACUCGACGAUCUCAUCGAACAAGCUGACGGCUUCGCUGAGGUUUUCCCUGAACAUAAGUACGAGAUUGUCGCUCGCUUACAGAAGAUGGGCCACAUCACAGCAAUGACUGGUGAUGGGGUGAACGAUGCCCCGGCUUUGAAGAAGGCUGACAUUGGAAUUGCCGUUGCAGACGCUACUGACGCCGCCCGGGCGGCAUCGGAUAUCGUACUAACAGAAAGUGGACUUGGUGUGAUCAUCCAUGCGAUUAUCGAAGCCAGGAAGAUCUUCGGAAGAAUGAAGUCAUACGCCAAGUACACCAUCGCCAUGACGUUCCGUAUCUGCUUCACCUUCGGUCUACUGACCACCAUCUACAACUGGUACUUCCCCACCAUCCUGAUUGUGCUGCUGGCUAUCUUCAAUGAUGGUGCCAUGAUUUCACUGUCCAAAGAUCGUGUUUCACCCAACCAUAACCCGGAUGCGUGGUUCCUGAAGAAGCUGUUUAUUGCGGGACUUAUCUACGGCCUAUACCUAACCCUGUCCUCCUGGGUCCUCUUCUAUGUUGCGUCACACACCAACUUCUUCGAGGGCGGGUCAGCUCUGAACCUUUCACCAUCACUGUACUACACAGACUCAUCGAACUACUGCCUGACACAAACUGACGCCACCACGGGCGCAAUCAUCACAGCCGGAACCCAAGCCUACACGUUGUGCGUUACCGAAGUCACCUGGGAGCGACAGAGUCGACUUCGUGCGUUGAUGUACAGUCAGGUGUCCAUCAGUGGCAUGGCUCUGAUCUUCAUCACACGCACGUCUAAAAUCUCGUGGAUGGAUAGACCAGGUAUGUCCAUCUUGGCGGCCUUCAUAUUCUCUCAGGUAGUGUCUUCACUUAUCGCUGGCUUUGGGUUCGAUGGCUACGAACGACCCGACCCAUCGCAGUUAUGUGUGUACUGCGAGGACUACACCGCAGCCGCACCCAUUCCCGGAGAUAACGAGAGUAGGUUCAAUGCAUCCUUGUUGGGGUGCGGAAUCUGGGUGCUGAUCUCCUGGAUCUGGUGCAUUAUAUGGUAUGUGCCCAUGGAUCUGAUCAAGAUGGUGUUACAGUACGUUAUGGACGAGGAGAAGCCCGUGUUCUUUGUACAGAAGGAUGUGGUCAACCCCCACUUCCAGGGUUCCAUCUCACGCGCCUCCUCUUUGGGCCGUCCGCGCAACGGUGCUUCAGUCUCGACUGGAAAUCCACGCGCGAGCCGUGUGGUAAGAGGGAGUGUGAUGUAGGUAGGGUGAUUGACAAUGCCAUUUCAUAUCUGGAGUCAGAGCUCGAACUUUGUAUUUGGCUUCACAGGAUACACGUGUGGGUGGGUAUUGGUUAAGAUGAUAACGGUUGAUUGGCCAGCGCUCCGUCUAACUUUAGAAGAAACGUCUAUAAAAAUUGACACAUAAGAGUACCCAAAAUAAGCGGUGUAAUGCACGGGGCCGUGGCGAUGAGAACGAGAGUAGUCCUGUGCUGAUUUUAGUAUUUUGCAGUAUCUAAGCAAAUAAACAGUUGAUAUACAUGACUAUUUUGGUAAUUCUGGUUUAUACCGAUGAAAGGAAAGGAAAGACUCAUGACGUGCGAGCAAGUCGUCGUAAAUGGCAUCCAGUGGUGGUACGCCUGUCGAUGUGAAGGGCAUCCAGUGGUGGUACGCCUGU